GAUUUCGAGAUUAUCAAGACGCUUGCGACGGGUGCGGUGGGGAAGGUCUGCCUCGUUCGCCACAAACUCACCAAACAAGUUUACGCCAUGAAGAUCCUCAAAAAAGUCGACCUCCUAACCCGCCAAGAAGCCGCCUUCUUCAUGGAGGAGCGCGACGCCCUCGUCUUUGCCCAGCGCUCCGACUGGAUCACCACCCUCUUUGCCGCGUUCCAGGACGAGGAGAACCUGUACCUCGUGAUGGAGUAUGCGUCGGGAGGCAGUUUGCGCGCGUUGUUGAAUAAUAGGGAGACGCCGAUGGAUGAGGGGAGUGCGAGGUUUUAUGUGGCGGAGAUUUUGAUGGCGUUAGAUGAGUUGCAUCGGCACGAGUUUAUUCAUCGUGACGUAAAACCCGAAAACUGCCUCAUCGAUGCCUCAGGGCACCUAAAGCUCGCCGACUUUGGAUCCUGCAUCCGGAUGGAAGACGCCAAGAACGCAACGUCACAGGAGACCGUGGGCACCCCUGAUUACAUCUCCCCCGAAAUACUGCGAUCACACGAGGGCAACGCCAGCUACGGACGCGAAUGCGACUGGUGGUCGCUCGGGAUCGUGCUGUACGAGGUCUUAUUUGAUGAGGUGCCGUUUUACUCGGAGUCGCUGAUGGAGACGUAUGGAAAGAUUAUGGAUCAUGAGAGGAGUUUUGCGUUCCCGGACGAUAUUGAGGUGUCCGAGGAGGCUAUGGACUUGAUAAGGAAGCUGAUAUGUAAGAGGGAAACUCGGCUGGGGAGAAAUGGGACGAGCGAGAUUCAGAAUCACCCCUGGUUCAAGGGCAUGGAUUGGUCGGCUACUAGACAAUCGACUCCGCCAUUCAUUCCGGAGUUGACGGGGCCAGACGAUACGCGAUAUUUUGAAGACGAGGAUAAUGAA